AUGGACUGGAGCAGUUCCACUUCCAUUGGUUUAGUGUUCAUCCUGAUUUUUCUAUCCAUUUGGAAAGCAGGAGGUUUCUGGAAUAGCCAUCGGAGCAAGAAGUUUCCUCCAGGACCUAGAGCAUUACCUAUCACUGGAAACCUGCAUCUGUUUGAUUUGAAGAGACCCUACAGGACUUACAUAAAGCUGGCAGAAGAAUAUGGUCCAGUCUUCAGUGUUCAGAUGGGACAAAGGAAACUAGUAGUGAUUUCUGGGCAUGGGACAGUGAAGGAAGCUCUUGUAAAUCAAGCAGAUGCCUUUUCAGAGAGACCUAAAAUCCCAGUCUUUGAAGAUCCGACCAGAGGGAUUGGUUUUGCUCAUGAUGAAAACUGGAAGGUGAUGCAAAGGUUUACCCUCACCACCUUACGAGACUUUGGAAUGGGGAAAAAGGCCAUUGAGGACCGCAUUGUGGAGGAGUAUGGGUACCUGGCAGACACUAUUGGGUCACAAGAAGGAAAGCCCUUUGAUGCCAGUAAAAUGCUCAGUGCAGCAGUUGCUAACAUAAUUGUGUCAAUAUUACUUGGAAAACGAUUUGACUACAAAGACUCCAGGUUUUUGAGACUUCAACAUUUGACCAAUGAAAGCAUGAGGCUUGCUGGGAAACCUUUGGUUACAUUAUACAUUUUCCCACACCUUGGAUUUCUCCUCAGAGCUAACAAGACUCUCCUCCAAACCAGAAAUGAAUUCUAUGCUUUUGUAGAAGUUACUUUCUUAGAACACCUCAAAACCCUGGACAAAAAUGAUCAAAGAAGUUUUAUUGAUGCUUUCCUGGUUAAACGGCAGGAGGAGAAAUCCACUGCCAAUAGGCAUUUCCAUAAUGGCAACUUGCUAAGCUUGGUGAGCAAUUUGUUUACUGCUGACGUCGAGACAAUUACUACCACACUGAACUGGGGCUUUCUGCUGAUGCUGAAGUACCCUGAAAUCCAGAGAAAGGUCCAAGAAGAGAUAGAAGAGGUGAUAGGGUCAAACCCCCCAAGGAUUGAGCACCGAACUCAGAUGCCCUACACGGAUGCUGUCAUCCAUCAAAUCUAGAGGCUUACUAACAUCCUGCCAUUGGAUCUGCCUCAUGAGACUGCUGCAGAUGUCACUCUCAAAGGUUAUUUUAACAUUUCCUGUUUCCCAAAGCUGGGAACCUACAUCAUUCCCUUACUAGCCUCUGUCCUGCAAGACAAAUCCCAGUGGGAGAAACCAGACACCUUCUAUCCUGAGCACCUUCUUGAUGCCAAUGGAAAAUUUGUGAAGAAAGAUGCUUUCAUGCCUUUUUCAGCAGGGCGGAGGAUCUGUGCUGGUGAGACUCUUGCCAAAAUGGAGCUCUUCCUCUUCUUCACCAGUCUUCUGCAGAGGUUCACCUUCCACCCUCCUCCUGGAGUUUCCAUCUCAGACCUGGACCUCAGCCCUGCUAUUUCCUUUAAUGUCAUCCCCAAGCCCUAUACAAUGUGUGCUGUGAAGCAUUUCUAGAGCU